CACAACAUCAGCGCCAGUCUUACCCCCCCGUCGUCGUACGUACGUUACUCUGGCGUCACUGUUAUUUAAUUUGGUGUUCGGUUGUUUUUUUAUUCUCAAUACUUACACAAGAUAAUGUAUAUAUAUUAAUAUAUAGGUAAUAUUUUUUUUUCAUUAUCAGCUACCGAUUCGAAACUUUUUAAUUGUUAAUAUUGUAUUUUUUUUUCUACAAUUUUACGGUCGCGAAAAAGUGCGUGUGUGUCCGUAAAUUCCCGUCAUAGUGUUUAAUAUAAUAGUAUUUUUAUUGUAGUGUACCUAUUUUAAAUUUUUUUUUCUAAAUUAUUUCAUUAUAUCAUUAUAAGUAAUGUAUUAAUUGGUGCCGGUGUAAAUUAUUAGUGCUGUACGUACGUAGGUUCAGCAGGCUACGUAAUUUUACUAUUUUAAUUUAUUUUUCGUGAAAAUGUUGAAUUAACUUUUACUCGUUUUUUCGUGGUGUCCGAUUCAAAAUACGUUUGGUAGGUACUUGUAGUGUGAUUAAAAUUUAAAAGAAAUCCACGAAAGUUGUUCAAAAAUUUUGAUGAGUGUCAAAAGUCAUGCAGGUAAGCAAAUUGCGAGGGAAAUUAUUUUUUAUUUGGUAAAAAAACUGAUUAAAAAAUUUACGUUGUAUUAUUUUUGAUUGAUUUUCCAGUACUUUUUAUAUGUUUUUUUAUCACAUUUUUCAAAUUUAUUUUAGUUUUACCUUGUUAUUUUUAUCAUUUUUGAAUAUUGGUGUUUUUUUACAUAGGUUAUUUGUAGGUAGUAUACAUGUAACAACUUAUAAUAUUUAUAAUUAUUUAUCUGUGUAAAUAUAGAUAAACUAUUUUACUCUUUAUUUUAUUAUUAUUUUAUAUUUUGAAUAAAGAAAAAACAAUUUAGAUAUAUGGAUACCUGUUUAAUUGUUAACAAUAUUUAAGAAUUUUACAUGCAUAUGGAUAUGUUUUAUCUAUUAUUUUUCAUCAUAAUAUCAAGGUACCUACUGAGUUGGUACAUUUUUUUUCAAACCACAAAUCUAGGUAUCAACAUGGAAUUUUUGGUGUAGGUAUCACAAUUUGUAAGUUUCUACUUAUGCAUAGAUACCUAUAAUAUAGUUUGUUGUCAUCGGAUGAUUAAUGAAAAAAACAAUUAUUUACCUAAAUAAUUAUUUGUGCAAUAUAUUCAUUUUAGGCCUGUAGGUUUGUAUUAUUUAUAUUAUGAGGAUGAUUUUUUAAUUUAAAUAAAAGUUAAGUUAACAUGGAUCAAACUGUUAUUAUAGUACCAUCUAUACAUAUUAGACUAAUUAUUGUUAUUUUUUUUAAUAUUACAGAAAAUCAAAGCUGUAUGUUUGGAACGUCCGUCAUGUGUCGGUCAUACUCUUCCAUAUCAACUGUGCAGUGAUGGUAGCUGCGGCAGCAUAUUCGGACAAGGAAAAGCCUCCAUGAGUAAUCUGAAAAAUGCCUCGCUCUGCCUUCACACACUUUAUGUCGGUCAUCUGAUACGGCAUGACGACCGAGUCAACCGACCAGCCACUGCAAUCUGCUGGCCCCUUGUUCACAGGUCCAAACGCUCAAUAUCAGAGCGCAUCUAAUGAUCUAUCUUGUAGUCAUGGCGUCGUCGCUCGAUCGGCGGCUGCCGUUAACAUGAACCAAGUGCCGAAUGGUUACUGUCACUCGUCCGAUAAUAAUCAAAUCGUUACCAGUGAGUGCGAUAAGACUUAUCAUUGUCCUACCUCAACUGCUGUUGUCACCUUAACAAAUAACGUUGUUUCAACUCCGGUGACUUUUGUAUCUUCUAUUACUGUACCAACAGGAUGGAAAAGAAUUCAUAGCAAAGGAGUCGUUAUUUAUAUAAGGUAAAUUUUCUGGUACAUUUAUUACACUAUUGAGUAGUAUUUUUAAAUUAAAUAUAAAAAAUUUUAUUUAUAAAAUAGAUGGGUAAUUCUAAUGCUUAUAAGUAAUUAUAGCUACCUAUUUAACCUAUUAUUGACUUUUGUAUUUUAAUGCCACAUUUAGGUACCUAUGCAAUGUCAUUCACUUGUAUUAAUUGUUAUAGUAUUACAUAUCUGUAUGAAUAGCAAGCACUAAUUUCAAAUGUUGUACAUAAAGAUUUCAAUAAGAAUGCUAUAUAUUAAAGAACAAUAUUUUAGUUAUGUUUUUUUACCUAUUGAUGGUACCUAUUUUAAGUACUGUGAGUGUAAUCAAUGACAUUACCUAGGUACCUAUUAUUUCCAUAACAUAAAAACUCCAAGGAAACUUUAAAAAAAUACUUUAGGUUUAUGAAAAUUUAAAAUAGUAUACAUUGUAAUUGUAGACUUUUGAGUAUUAGAUAUUCAAAUAGCUAUUAAUGUACAAUAAUUAAGUUAGUACAGUUAAGUAGUAAUCAUAACUAUUAUGAAUCAAAUUGACGAAAUUAAAAAAAUAAUAUAUUAAACAUUUUGACCUAGCCUGACCUAGACACUUUGAGUACUCAAAUCUAAUAUUAGGCAUCUUAAAAUAUAGGUGCGAUAGAUAUCUUGUGCUAAAUUAUUAUAUAACAAUAACAAUAUUAAUUUAGAAAAAAAUGAAAAUUUUUUUCGUGAGUUUUUCCGACUCGAAUUUAAAUAAUUUAUUUAAGUUCUUAUGGUAUUUGGAAAGGUUAUUGAAUCGAUACGUUGUGUUUCAAAAUUAAGUUCCAAUGAUUCAAAAUCCACAUUUCAAUAGUGUUAAAACGUUUAGUUCUUAGAACUUAGAGAUAUUUUCGUACAUUAUGCCAGACGUUAUCCUUUGAAAUCAACCCUCUUGGUAUCACGGUGGGCUAUUGGAAAUAUCUGCUUCUGUGUCGGCACAAAUCUGACCUAUAAUACUAUUUUACGCAAUGGGGUGUCAUUGAUUUACUGCUCUUUAGGAUUCGUCCUUUUCUUAAAUACACGGCCGGGUUUCAAUACAAACCACCUGGCUUCCAGGUUUAAAAGACCUUUUUUUUUUUCGGCCAAAAUUACACCCUAAUAUAAUAUUGUAAAUUAUACCGGACAAUCCGUAUAUGUAUAUAUAUAAAAAAAAAUAACACGUUCACGAUUUCUAUAGAAGUAUAAUACACCGUGACCGCAACCGGCGGCUACCCAUUUUACAAUUCUGUUGUUAAAUUGUACAAAUGUGAAGUGUUAGUAGUAUGGCUAUAUAGCUUAUUAUAGAUAAUGCAUUGUUAAUAUUGCGUAAGGAGAAUUACGGAAUUUCGUAAAGGUAUAUUUUUUCUUUAAACAGGUAGGUAGGUAGGUAGUGUAUUUAAGAUUAUGAGCGGAUGUAUUGGUUUUACUAUAUGGUUUAAUCCUUUUUUCUCUCUUGAACACGAAUUUCGUUCAGAACUCUUUCUCAGAAGACUUUCUAGAAAAUAUUGUAAGACGUUUUAGAUCUAGUUGGUUCUUUUUAGAAAGGUAAGUGUUCAUAUUCCUUGUAUUUUUUUUACAAGGGAGACUUUCCUUAAAAAGAAAAUCUUAUGAAAAAAUAAAUAUAUAUUUAUUAAAUUCGCUUUUUGACACAAUCGAUUUUGCUCCUUUGUUUGUAGUUCAGAACCUAACAUAACUCAGAAUCGUUUUGUUUUCGUUGCAUUCGUCGUCUACUUUAGUAUUUUUAAACCGAUUUACCCUAUAAAAUAUCCUACCUUCCAAACUUCUCAUCUAUAACAAUGGCCUAUAUACCUAUGAUCCAGGUUUUAUUUCACAAUUCAUUUAAAAAAAGUCAAUACAGAUCAUGACGUCUAGGCAAUUCAAUUUAUUUCUACACAUUAUUAUUAUUGAAAACCCCGUUUCGUAAUAUAUGUAUAUGUAAUAAUAUUCCUAACGCUUUAAUAGGUAUUCAAAUACAUAAAUAACGAGUUGCUGAAUUAAAUCAAUAUUUAUGAUCGCGGAGCUAGAGUUUUUAACCACCUAUGAUGUUUUUUCUACCUGCUAACAUGAUUUCAACAAGUAGAUUAGAUAUGUUUUAAUCAUCAACAUUAAUGCUGGUUUCUGGUAGAAUUUUUGUGAAUUGAAAUUAUUUUUCGAAAUGCCUAGUAUAUAUUAUAAGAAUAGAAAAAAACUAGAGAAAAUUAUAUUGAAAACCGAUUUUUCAUUAACCGAUCAAAUUAUUGUAUAUUCUUUUGAUUAUAUUCAUAGGAAUUAUUAGAUAUUAAAAUUAUUAAAUAUUUUUAGCCACUAAACAAUAUUGUUCACUCGUAUCCUUCGUGUAGUACCUAUGCAGUUUCAUGAUUUUUAUACAGUUUUUAUGCAUUUAUUUAAAAUGUACUUAUGUGAAUGUGGCAUUACCAAAAAACUAGUAAUCUAACCUUCACUAUCAGAAAUCCGUAAGAUUUCGACCUCUAAAAAUAUUUUAUAUAAUUACCGACAACCGAUUCUAAUUCAAUUAUCAUUAGACUACUAAAAAAGGAAAUACGAAAUUAAUGUUCAUGGUCACUAGCAAUGAAAGAAGUCGUCUGAUACACCUAAACGUCCACCAGUUGAACAAAACAAAAAAAAAUGUGUCUAGAGUUAUUUAAGGAAUAAAAAAUAUAUUUAUAUAAAUAUAUAUAUAUAUAUUAAAUUGAGUGUAAUCGCUUACGACUGGUUUAUUAUUAUCAUUAUUUUUUUUUUAGUGAUCCUCUGGCUUUACGUGUGUUUGAAGUGAUUAACCUUGUUGUAAUAAACCAGUUUAGUUGGCCACUGAAAGGGUAAACAUGCUUCUAAGGUGUCUAUUCAAAUCAGAUUUAAUCGUAUUAAAAGAAUUUGUUACGUUGUUGUCAGGUUAGGAAUACCUUUAAAGAUAUAGUUUAUAUUUAUUGUUACAUAAAAACAAGUUCUAAAUUCGUUUGCGUUAAAUUCAUUAACAGUUAAACAGUUAUUUAUUUUUAUUGGCUUUGCAUACAAUAUAUUAUCAUAUUUUUCACGUACUCAAUUUUUAACGCGUAAUUAACAUUUAAAUAUAUUUAUUCUAUUAGUGAAUUCUUUAGGUACCUAAAUUGAGUAUUUUGCGUGUCGUCCCUUUGUGCCAUAAAUUAUUCCUCGUAAGUACUAAUUUUGUUACUUAAAUGAAAACCUCAUCGCCCGUAUUAUUUAUUUAAUUAUAUUAUAUCACUUGGGAUUAUGACAAGCGCGUAAAAUAUUAAAACAACACAACGAAUUAUUGUUUGCUGGAAGAUGUUUGAUUAUUUAAUUGAAACAAAUACACAUAUUAUUAUAAUAUAUUGUGAAUAUUUACUGUGUACGUAUAAUACCAUUUUCAAGGGGAUUAUGAUUAUUGUCAUUGACUCGUUUCCCGUACUUAAAUAUAAUAUAACAUGCAACGGUUUAAAAUCCUGCAGUAUUAUGACAAAACAAUAACUUUUUUAUGAGUUUCUCACAAACGACCGUCUGUUUUGUUUUAAUUUGUCAGAAUGCAAAACAUAAUUAAUUAAAAUGUUCAUUUAAUAUAGGUAGGUAUAUUUUUUGUGUUUACAUCAAGUAAAUAUUUUAUGCUUCAUUUAAUUUGUCCAACGAUUAUGCAUUUCUGAAUUACUUAUUUUUAAAUCUAUUAUUUUUGCAAUUGAACAUCAAAAAUUCGUCCUAUUUUUAAUAAUUGUAUUUUAAGAAUUUUUGUAACUCGUUAUUCUUGUUGCUUAAAAAAAAAAAAAAAGUAAUAAAGUAAGUUGAUUUUUUAGUUAUUUCUAUUCCGGGUAUGAAAUUAUACUCGACACCCAUAAAACGCAUAUCUUCGAAUUUCCUUAUGGAUAUUGUUAGAUAAUGAUGAUUUAUUGUCUAUUAGAUAUAUUAAAUAGGUUAUAGGUCCGUUUAUAACUAUUUCCCUUUUGUUCAACAUCAGUAUACUGUUUUCAAGAUUAUAUUUCCAAAAUAAGACUCUAGAUGUAAACAAUAUGAUAAUAUAUUUAUAUUGAGAACGGACGUAUUGGGUAAAGUGGCUCGAAUAAAUAAGUUUAUUUUUUUUUUAUGAUUUUCGGUAAAUUAAAAAAAUUAAUAACGAUUUUUCAAAUCAUGAAUAUAUUCCUAAAUAUCCCAUGAUAGUAUUAACCCUAGUCUUAACAAUUGGUCUAUAAAAUAUUGCGAUUUAUAGUUGUCGAUGAUCUUGUAUUAUAUAUUAACAAUAUUUUAGAUUCUGUUAUCUUAGAUAAUAUUUUCUUUUUUUCUUUUUCUAGACUGUGGACACGUUUUUUCCUAGUAAACUUGCUCUGAUUUUUACGUGUAGCAACUUUUCUGAAAGCUCAAGUUGUCUUGAUGGUACUUUAAACAGGCUAUUUUUUGAUUUUUGACGUCAUAUUUUAAAUAAAAUCAUUUAAGGGGGAAAAAACGUACAAUUUCACGAUUUCAUUAUUUUAUAAAAACACGGACGACGUUUUCUACCAGAAAAAAUGAUUUAAUCGAACAAUUACAUGUUACUUUUCAGCCACUUUUUAAGUGAGCUUUGAGCUUUUAAGGAAUUUAAAUUGUUGAUAGUUUUUUUGUUGUAAUUCGGUUAUAAAUACACGUAGAGACUUAAAACUUGGUAAUAAUACUUAUAUUGGACUUAUCUAGACGUGGUAAAAUUUCCAAAAUCAUCGGACAACUUUUUUUUUUUAAUAAGGGUUUUUAAAUCAAAUUUAAACGAAAAUCGCAAAAAUUAUGUGUUAACAAACUGUAAACUGUGCUAGAAAUCGUCUUUCGUCAAGUAAUAGUGUAUCGUUGCUUACAGAUAUAAAUGAAGUAACCUUAUGUAUCCUACCUUCCCAACUUCUCAUCUACAGCAGUGGCCGCUCCCAUCUCCAGUAUCAGCUCUUUUUUAGUUGAAAAUUAUUAUAUAAAAACCUGAAAUUUCACCGAUUACUUAUAUUGUUAAGACUUUCUAGAGUUGGAUAAUUUUUAUAAAGUUUUACACCUUUUUGAGCUUUUUGUAGCCAUUUUAAAUUGUCGAAUUUUUAUAGUUUUUAUUUGUUGUUAAUGUGGAUAUAUUUUUUCUCGCCUUCUUAAAUAUUCUUGAAAAUAAGAUACAAAGCUUAUUAAAAGUACCUAACUCUUAUACGGCCAUAAAUGAAUAGUUAUGUAAUUAUUAUUUUUCGAAUGAUGUUAAAACAACUUUUAUGGCUCAGCAAAAAUGCUCAAAAAUUUGAGACGGAAAACACAGAUAAGAUAAAUAGACAAUUAGUCAGAUAUUUAUAGUUAAAUAUUUUCAAUUUAAGUUUAUCAAAACAUGUUUAAUCGCGAAUUUCGUUAAAAAUCGUUUUUCAUUAGAAAUGAUUUAUCGUUUUUUUUUUUUUUUUGACAGAUAAAUUAAAUUAUCCUACACACAUUAUUCUAUCUUUCCAACUUUCCACUUACAACAAUGGCACACCCACGGUGCGAAGUAUUUUGAUUUGUUUAUAUAUUUGUUUUUCCUUUACAGUACGAUAUCAAUAUUAAACGAAUUCGAAUAAUUGAUGAAAAUGUAUUUAAUAAAUAAUUACAGAAGUAUUAAAAAAGAAAAAAGAAAAAAAGUAAAGAGCUUUUAUAAUAAAACCCGAUUCGUUUAAAGUGGCUAAUUAAAUCUAAGCGGGCGUCUACCGACUCUGAUAUUAUAUUAUAGUGUUUGUUGUUGUAACAAAAAGGGCUGUUUCUCGCGAUUUGUCGUCCUUUUUAUCGAGUUAAGGGCCGCUGCCGCCAGGUAGCUCCUUCAGGGCUGUAUUGAUUACCGGCUAACCGAGUCAAUUAACUGUCGGCCGUGCCGGAAAGCGUCCACGAGUGACGUCACGUUAUAUUAAAAGCAUUCCGCCCACCCCAGGGACCGUUCGGCAGCUUUUAAACGAUUUCCUACACUAUUGCAGGGUUUCUCAAAAUCGCCGUUUCGAUUUUUCUACACAACGCGAUCUCUUUUUGCGGGCUCUAUUGUGCGAAUAACAAUUGCGUGCAACAACCGCAGCGUUGAUGAUAAUAUUAUCUACAAUAUUGUGCCUACUGCUGAACUGCAAAACUGUUAUUAAUUAUACACGGUUUUAUUUUCUCCGCUUGUCACGAGAAUAUAAUACGUAGGUACUUGAGCGUUCCGUUGCAAGUUUUUUGUGUACCUACUACUAUAACUACGUUAAUUUUCCGUAAAGUAACUUUAAUUUUUAAAACAAAAAUUAACAUAAAAUACACACAAAUUAUAAUAAUAAACGUAUUUUAGUGCUCCUGAUUUGCGGGCACUCGAGUUAAGUGAGACAAUGGGCCGCCGUAAAUCCUCGGAUACAAAAUAUACGGGAUUUUCGGGUUAUAGAAACGUGAGAGAAGACUGCUGCUGCAAGAGGGCGGAUUUGAUGGAUGGGCUUUGCCGCAGCCUUACUUCUUAAACUGCGUUAAUUUCGGAUUUCGAAGUGCCGCUGAUUGUGCGACGGUUUAAUUUGGCUGCGAUACGGUUAAUCGACCGUCUACUGAAUUAUACCGACCCCUCUUUUACUCGGAUACAUGAAUUAUUUAAUAAUAUUACCUCACUACCUACCGGCUAUUUAUUUACGUUUUAAUGGCUAUUUUUAUUGAAACGUAAUAAUGUCGGUGUGAAAAAAACAACAUACAAAUUGCGCAAUAUUUAUAUAAACGUGUUAAUUAUAUAGCCGCGAUUAAUUACGACAAUUAAAUCGGCGGCCGGGCGGGUAAUCUGAACAGUUAUUUUAUUUAUUAUUUUUUUUUUAAUUCACGAAUAACGAUAUUAUUAUUAUUAUUAUUAUACUCGACGAUCCGUCGACGAUCCGCUAUCUUAACGAUAAUACGAGUAUAAUAACGUACACGCUACUUAAAAAUGUACAAUAAUAAUAAUGACUUUCGUUUUAACACGCCGGUCGUAAGGUACCUAUCGUUAAAUUGUUUUUUUUUCCUCCUUACGACACGUACAAUUUAUUAUUAUUUAUUUAUUUUUUUUUUUUUCUCAUUUCUUUCUACAAAUUCGAUUAAUUUAUCGCGCGACCGUCGUGUGUUAAUAAUAACGAAUUUCAAGUGGGACGAGCUCGUUCGAUUCGGCACGAGUGUAGAGCUAUAUAGGUGUACCUCGUGUCGUCGUCGUCGUCGUAUCUAUUUAAUCGCCGCCGCCGCCGCUGCUGCCGCCGCCGCCACCGCCGCCGUUGUCGGCACAACCGAGUCAAUAAUGUUAUUUUAGAAAUACGCGUAUUUUGAUACGCUGUUCGCGGUGGCGGCGCGCAGGGAUUUACCGUCCGUAAACUCCGAUUACACCGCGCUCGCCGUACAGGGCGAUUCUUCUUUUAUCCGGGACGCGGGCCGGAAGUUAUUCGAUUGCCGUUUAAUGUUAAUGUUAUUCGCGAUAUCAGUGCCGGCGCCGCCGGGCCGUUUGUUCCGCGUGCACAUUUUCCUUUUUUUUUUUUUUUUAAUUUGUUGUUUACCCCUUCACUCUUUAUUGCUUACCUACUAUACUUACCUAUUAGCCCCCCCCCCAUCGGAGUAUCUCAUUAUAACCCGCACUUUCGAAACGAGACGACGAACGUUUAUUUUUUCUACAUCGGAUUUCGACACACACGCGUGCAACACUAUCAAUAAUAAUAGUUUACACGACGAGUCGACCGCCCAACAGUUUCGAGAAUUUUGACCCGGGGGAACAUAUGUAAUAUUGUGUACUGCGCAUGUGGUGUAUAUUAUGUAUCCAGGUACGGGGAAUAAGGGUAUUAUUUUUUUAUUAGGGUGAAAAAAAUCACUCUGUAUAUAUUACGUACGACGGGUGGCCGGCGAUUCCGCCCGGUGUGAUCGCCGCCUCCGGGUCCGUCUUAUUGAUUUACCCCCUUGGAAGAACACACGCGCACACACACACACACACACACGCGCGCGCGCACACACAAACUCACAUUAACGCUCGCACACGGUCGCGCGACCGUUGUCGUCCUCGUCCCCGCACACGACGACGCGCGGCUCUAGUUUUCUUUCGGGUUGUGUAAUGUUACGACAUUUGAUCCAAUAGCCGAGGAGAGGGUUUCUCUCGUCCGCCCGGCAAACCCCUUUAUACACCCGCCCCGUCCGCGCAGCACCGGCGGCAGCAGACGACUUUUACCCGGAUAAACCCCGUGUACGUGUACCCGUCGCGUCGUCGCCGGCACCUAAUGCGCUUUAUUGAUGUUUAGAGCCUUUUGAAGAGCCGUUUCCGAAGUGUUGUACACACGCACGCACAAAUAACUAUAUAAACGCCCCUUCGCACCACCGCCGGUUGAGCUCUCUUUCUUUCUCUUUCUCACUCUCUAUCUCUCUCUCUUUCUCUCUCUCUCUCUCCGUCUCUCUCUCUUGUGUACUUGCGUGACGACGCGGCCAUACAAAUUAAUUUCCGUCACUUACUGCUCGCCGCACCGCCAUCAACAGCCACGAUCAAUUUUAGAUUCUGAACGUACCGCGAGGUCGUAUCGGUUUUACCGUUACGAUGUGUGCUUUUAAAGUUUACUCUUUAUAUUUUUUUUUCUUGUCUGUAAACAACUUUUCGACCUGAAAUCUAUAUUACCUACAUCAUGAGAACCUAUUAGGAAUAUUAAUUUAUCGAAAACGUUCGGAAUCCUCACAGAUUUAAAAUUAUUAAUAUUAUUUAAACACGAUUUGUGUAUAGGGUAUUUUUAUAUAUCAUAUAUUUAUAUCUGUACGGGAUGUACGCGAGUUUUACAAAUGAAAAACCAUUCUGAGCGAAGUUCGAUUAAAUAUAUUUUGAUAAAUUUUAAUUGAAAAAUUGUAUAAAUUGUUAACAAAAAAAAAAAAAAAUAAUAAUUACAAUAAUAAUAAUAAAUAAAAAUUAAAACAUUGUUCGUGUUUUUAAUGAGUUUUCAACGUAAAUUCAAACUUAAUUAAAAUUUAAUUAAAUUAUAAAAUUUUCAUCCCCAUAAAAUCAAAUCAAAAAACUUAAACAUUUUAAAUGGAUAAUAAUGAUUGAUAAAAAAAAUGCUAGCUAAUAUUAUACAAGUAUUGUAGAACCCGUUUAUAAUGAUAUUCAAGGGACUAGUUUAAAAUAGUCAUAAUAAUCGAUUAUUGUUGUAAAUUUGUAACCGAAAUAAUAAAAUAAAAUUUAAUAUAUUGAUUAUGUAUUUGUAUUUAUAUGAACAUAAUAUUGUAAAAAUUUAAUACAGUCAUUACAGAUAACAGAUUUUUCUAAUACAACUAAAAAUAACUGUCACAACAUCAGUAUAGUCACUAUACAUACGUCAUAAUAAUCGAUACAAAUUAGUACAUACAAUGUAGGAGCAGUUUCGCCGGGACCUUCAAUCUAAGGUGAUUACAGCCUAUAUGUCACUACAACCGGUGUCAUUAUUAACGGCAUCUAUUGUAUUAGGUGAAAGCCCUCCGAUCUCUAUAAUUCUUUUUCGCUGAAAUAGAAAAGAAAAAAUAAUAAUUAAAAUAAAAAAAACGGACAACUUCACUUUAUUGUAUAUAAUUACAAAUUUUGAAUUUCGAGUUCUCCUUUUCACGCCUCUUUAUGGAUCAUUUAUGUUACCAAAUUUACUUAAUAUUAAUUGUACAAUGUGUAAGUGUUCAACAAAUAGAAGGAAUUAAAAUAAAUGAAAAAGUAAGUUACAAAUUAGUACAAUAAUUUAAAUUUAUCGAAAUCAGAAUCGUUUUUCAUUAGCCACGAUUUUUCAGUGUACCUAUGUGUGUAUCAGUGUAUCUAUCUAUGAAUUAAAUUACCCUAUGUAUCCUACCUUCCUUAUAUCCCAUUUUAUACCAGUGGCGAGCGGCCUAACUCGUGUCAGACGACAGGCGAUGCCCUGGGCCGUUCUUCGCAGACUGGGGUUCGAUUUCUUCUCGUGGUAUUUUUUUUUUAUCUUUUUUUUAUGCAUUGAAUAUCACAUACAUAGAAAUAUAUUUGUUUUAAUAUUUAUGUGCACAUAAUACUCGUUUUAUAAAACAACACGUGCAAUCGUAAUUUUUUUUGUAUUUAUAAAUCGCAAUACAGUUUUUCAUUUUUAAUUCAUCAAAACACGUUUAACCGAACUUCGCUCAGAAUCGCGUUUCGUUUGCAAACAUAUUGAUCGUUGCGUACAACCGAUGUAUACAUUAUCCUGUACUAUAUUCCCGUCUAUCGGCUUACAAUAGUGGCGGCUCACCCAUGUCCCACGAUGGUGAGAUGAUGAAGUACACGCGCUCGCGAAAUAGAUGGUGCCUGAAGUACGCGUCGGAUCAUUUUUUUUUUUCGCAUUCGUUUCGUAUUCCGUACACCUAAUUAUUAUUAUUAUUAUUAUUAUUAUUUAUUUUAUUUUUUUUUUCUCGUUAUAACUACCUACGUUGUUUCCCGUGAGAUCCGCGCGUCGUCGUCGUCGUUCGGUUGUAUUAUUGCGGCCGCGUGUCCCUCCCCGCCCUCCGCCGCCCCUUAAAUGGCAAUGACUAGGUAGGGUACUACCAUACAACAUAUCGUAUCGAUGCACUUUUGACAGGUCCGCCGCCGCGGGCCGCGGCGGUCGAGAAGUGCGCGCGCGCGCGAGAGAGAGAAAAACGAAAACCGGUUGUUAUAGCUCGCGCUCGAAUUGUGCAAUUGCUUGGCGGCUUGGCGGCGGCUGGCAGUGCAAUAUUACCGUGGCGGCUGCGGCGGCGGCAGCCGCCGCCGCCGCCGCCUCCCCGGUAUACGCUCUCUCGUACGGUUUAUUUUCUUCUCCGUUCAUCGCCGCCGCCGCCGUGAGAGGAGAAAAAGAAGAAUGCGUCUGUAAACCGGUCUACACGUAUAUUAUUAUUAUUAUACAUAGGUAUACUACACACAAUGUAUAAUGCAGGUAUAGAGGGGCGGACGGCGUGUGGUGGGGAGGGGAUGGGGGAAAUGAGUGCAGGCCGUUUAAAUAUUAUAUACGUACACGAAAUGCAACGGACAAAAUGUUCACCUCGCGCCAGCGCGUUUCUAUUAUAAUAAGCAUUAAGCACAUUACACGACGCGUAUUAAAAUACCGAAACGUUUUUUUUUUUUUUUUUCUCGUCGUCACGUGUAAUAUAAAUCCUAUCCCAAAAGAGUAAUAAAACAUAAUUAAAAACAAAUAUUUAUAUAGAAAAACGAAACAGAUAUCGCCCGUGUUCUGCUGCUGCUGCUGCUGCUUCUGGUACACUCAUAUAUACCCACUUACCCGUUAUACGUCAUCGUGUCGAACGAUACUUAGUAUUCCAAUAAGGAUUUCUCCCGCUGUCCAAAAGUCCCCCGUAAUACAAAUAUCGUAAGUAGGUGUAUCAUAAUGACUACUCAGAUUUCGAAAAAAAAAAAAAAAAAAAAAAAAAAACCAAUACAAUAAUACGCGGAGACAUUGUGAUAAACGAGUUACACUCGUCACUAAUGGGAAUCGUUUUUUUUUUUUUUUUUUUUUUUGAAAUUUUUGUAUACAAUAUACAUUAAUUUUUACAAAACACAACUGUAGAAACCGAAUUGUAUACUUAUUUUUUAAGUUUUGAUCGCGUAACACGUGUAUAUAAAUAUUUCCAAAUUCGUGGAGCCGACUGCUGCACUUUCGACAUCUUCCACUAUCCAAUAUUCCAAUUCGAUCGGGUCUACUGAUCCAUUAAAAUAACACACGAUUGUGAACGCACAAACCUUGAAUUUAAUUUGGCUCUGGGUUAAUGUAAUACAAUAUAAUGGAUACAUCAUGUAAACUCUACCGGUUGGUGUAACGGUGUUAAUAACUUAUGUAAACUCUACCGGUCACAAAAUUGGGGGAAAAGGUUGUGUGUGUAAACUACUCUAUCGGACGUAACUGUAAAACGAUUAAGAGAACGGGUACUAUGAGUUGUAUGACGUAUGUAAACUCCACCAAAGUUAGAGUUGCUUUGUUUACUUAAUAAUUUUAAAUUAUACAUGCUAAAUGUUGUGACAAUGUUUGGCUGUUGGUUACUCAAUCACGCCAAAACGGCCGAACGGAUUUGAAUGGAAUUCGGCAAACAGCUAAAAUAUGCUCUGGAUUAACACACAGCUGGGGAAUACUCUUUUUAUCCCAAUAAUGCGCUCCUGUGAGAUAAUUUACAAUGUUGAUGGUUUACAAUGAUCGAUAGUGCAAUAAAUACAUUUUUUCUCUUUACUUCGGUAUAAAAAACACGAAAUAUGUCAUUAAAUUAGCCAGUGUUUAUUUAAUAUUGCUACUAUUAUUUCUCUCUUCAAAAGACAAAGUAGUACCUACUUCGUUGUUGAUUAAGUCAUAAGUAUUAUUAGUGCUUUAGUUCAUGGGCCAUUAACUUUCUAAGGGUCAUAAAAGGUGAAGGUUUUCGCGUCGGCUUCGAUUUCAUAAAUCAUUUCGGUGACACUAUGCUACUUUAAAAUUAAUCCAGAUCGAUAACUGUUCGAUACCACGAGGAGCUCGGACCCCGGUAUUUUCCGAUUGAUCACAGAGUACAAUCAAAUUACGUCGAUAAAUUCAAUGUAAUAGAUCGUUGGCGAUUAACUCGUAAUAUGUUUUCAUAUUACCUGUUUGAUUGAUCGUGUACGACCGGUGUCGUUUACUAUCACCUAUUAUAUUAUAAUAGGAUAUAUGGUUUAAUAUAAUAAUUUUAAUAAAAAAGUUACGAUCUUAAACUAUUUUUUUAUAUUUUUAUUUGAUUUUAUUAAAAGGUUAGCUUUAAUGUUAUUGUACAAGCAGGUACUUUUAACUUGUUACCCUUUCUGCCGGUGUAUACUCGUAUUUUAAAAUAGUAAUAAUACGUUUAUAUUAGGUGUUUUUUGACUGAUCAUGUUUUAAGUGCAAUUUUUUUUGCGAUGUCUAUAGAUAUUAAAUGCUACUAUAAAGAAAUAGUAUAAUAUUUAUUGCUAAAUAAAAAAAAAAAAAAACAAGGUAUUUCAACAAUUUAUUGGAUAUUCGAAUGGCAGUUAUAAAAUUAUCAAUGUCUAACAUCAUUGUUAAGAUGAUCUAGUGAAUCAGUGAUUUAUUACUAUCUGUCUGUAUUAAAUACGCACAGAAUUUAUAGCCAUAUACUCAUAAUAUUCUAUUUUUAACAGUUCUCAUAAAUACUGCAGAUACCGAUGCGAUAAAAUGAUUUCGAAAAUAGUGAUAUUUAGAAUUCAGUCAUCCUAGACCGAAUUCUAUAUAAUAUAUAUUGUAUAGAAUUGUUUUUAACUUUCAAAUUUCCCCUACACUUUAGUUAUAGAAAAACGACGUCGCUAAUUUUUGUUCAGUUUCUUUAAUUUUUCAUUUAUUUUUUUUUUAAGUAAACUAAAAAAGUAACUUAGUUUACUUCCAGUAAACACUGGAAAAUGAUCCUCGAAAAGCAUAUUAUUAUCACUUAUAGGUAUACGAUUUCUUAUCUAUAUAUAAAGUAAAUAUGUAUGUAUUGUUAUCUAUACGUCAUAGAUUAUUUUCGCCAUUAUUAUUUCUUUCUUUCUCUCUCUAAACAAUACAAUAAUAAUAUGCAUUUUCAUUUUUUAUUAUUGUGAACUAGUAUUUGGGUACACUCGUAUUAGCCGUCGCAUUUGUCGUUUCGCCCAGAAUUUUUAAAUAUACACAAUAUAAUAUAAACCCUCUUUUUAUUGUUGUUUUAUCGGUUUUAUAUGGGAAAAAAAUGUAUAUAUAUACAUGUAUUUAUAAUAUAAUAAUAAUAAUCAGACUUCGUUGCACGCUACUUAUAUUAUAAUAUUUGCACGCGUCGUUACAAACAUUAAUCUUUACGCGUUUUUUACUAAUAUAUAAUAUUAUAAAUGUGAAACAAGCCAAGGGGAGACCAACGGCGCGUGCGUGUAUAGUGUGUGCGCUGCAUUUAAUAAUUAUACCGUAGAAAUUAUAAUGACACGGGUACAGUGUAUUAAUAUUGUGAAGGUUAUGAAUUACUAUUAAUAACGUUUAUUUUCUAUUUUAUCAAUAACUCCGUGUAUUAUAUUAAAAGUCCAUUUCACGUCGGUUCGUAUCGAAAAUAAAUUGGACACCGAAAUAGAAUAUAGAGCGAGUGUUGAUAAUUGCAGAUAUUAAUAUUAUUACGUUCUUACAUAAUGCAUACCAAAACUGUAUGCACGACGGAUCUUAAUAUUAUGCCUACUCGACUUUGUUUCAACAGAUUUCGUUUUCUACAAUUUAAUUAAUUUGACGAUCUAUACGAUCGAUAUAAUGUGUAGUUAUUCAUUUGAAAAAAAUGUAUUGUUAUUACUAAAGCAUUGGCAAUUAUUAAAUAAAACAUCGAAGAAUAAUGUACGUUAUUUUAGUUAUUUCAGUUAUUUGUAUACAUUUUAUUAAACACGUUGUUUGAUAGAAAAAAUUAAUUUUAUAAAAAACUUCGAUACACCUGUAAAAAACCACACAUCUCCAACGGAAUUAAUAUUAUGUACUAUGACUUGAAAUUUAGUACAAGUCAAAUUAAAUAAGUAAAUCAGUGGUAAAACGUAUUGUUUUAAAUAUUUUUACCAUUAGAUAUCUGCAGAAAACUAUAGGCGCGCAUAGUAUUGUGUUUUCAUAUCUUCAUAAAAUUCUCGUUACCAUAAUUCACAAAAGCGUUUCGAUAAUUAAUAAUAAUAUUAAACGCAUUUUUUUUUCUUUUCAAAAGUGACUGUGAAAUCUAAAAAAGAAAAUCGUUUUCUUAAUAAUAGGUAAUAAUAACAAUGGUAUAUUUGUUAAAAUUCGUUGAAGAAAAAAAGGUACAGUUUAUUGUUUCGCUUUAAUAAUACGGACAUCCAAAUGACGGAAUAGGUUCCGUUGUCUGUAUAGUUUAUAAGUAUCCGUUUCACGAAACGUUAUCCAUACGUCUUGCAGUGUGUAAUUACGAUAAGUGGAGAAACCGCGGUUCCAUUUUCGUGAAAUGGAUACAAACGUCGUGUUAAUUUAACUGAACGGAUAACAACGCGUUAUGGACGCCACACGUACGCAUAAUAUUAGACAGACACCCAUAUUAUAAUUUUCAAUACGGUCGAAUCGAGUAUUACGAGUAUUAGCUGCGGAAUAAAUGUCGUUAUAAAAUUUCAACGGUCAAGUAUUAUGAUGAAUAAUAAUAUUAUUAUCGUGACGUUUCGAACGCGAGUGCAGCGUACCGAUUUAUCAAUUUUGUUGGGGGAAUUGGCUGUACGGCCCGAGCCCGUCCUCGCGUAUUAAGUUCUACGGAUCGUUUUAAUUGCGACUUAAUUCAAUAAACGAGACGGCAGUAUAGUUAUUACGGGGUAGUAACGUUCACACUGCGGAUCCUCCACCCGCCGCCACGUCGGUACAAACGUGGAAAUAAUAAUAAUAAUAAUAAAAAAUUACUAAAAAAAAAACAGGUACCGUACACGAUCUAACAAUAUAUAACAUAGGCAUAGCUUUAUUAUUAUUAACGCCGCUCCGCAGACGGCCCCGAAAUACGAAUUUGAUUUAUAAACCAAAUAAGGUCGUGUCGCGUGACCCCGAUAACUCGACGUAUAUAGUGUAUUGUAAUAAUAAUAAUAUUAUUAUUAUUAAACAUAUAUAUAUAUAUAUAUAUAUACAUUUUUUUUUUUUUUUUUUAUCAACUCUACGCCAUCAUAAUCGACCGAGUGAGGUCACGUUUGUAAUGAACCUUUCGUGAGAAUAGAAAAAUAGAAAAAAAUGCAUGUAUACAAUGAAAAGUUAUAAAAAAAAAUAAUAUUAUAUUAUACCUACCGAUUUAGGAUAAAACAGUCGCCUAUAUGUAUUAUGUUAUUAUUAUACAUCGAAUAUUAUGCAUAGAAUUUUUAGUUCGAGCUCCAUAUUUCACAAUAUUAUUGUAGGUAUCUAGACGCGCGGUGUAUUUUUUUCAUUGCUAUUAUUAACAAAUUAAAAUAUCAAAUAUUAACACUCGUAUUAUCCGCGUGCGUUAUAUAAUAUUUGGGUGCCAGUUAUUUUCGAUGUUGUAAAAUUUAAGCAGUGCCGGCCGGAAAUUUGUUUCAAUACAUCUAAAAACACUAGUCUUCUAAAUUUCAAGUUCGAUUAAACAUAUUUAACACGUGCCGACUUAAGCUCUAAAUUCUAUGAAAAAGGGUAAAAUUUAUAAUUUUCGGUGUAUACAUAGUCAAUUUUUAAUUUACGAAAAAAUCGUGUAGAAUUAUUGUAGACCAAGGACUUAUCUACAAAUAAGUAUUUUUUUCGUUAUGGUAACUCUAUCUUUUGAAAUCAAGAAAAAUAUAUAGAAUAAUAUGCCCAUUGCAGUUUAUAUUUCUUGAAGAAUUCUUGAUUUUGUUUUUCUGCGAUUUUUUUUUUAAAUUAUAAGGAUACCAAUAAAUAGUGCAUAACUAUUAUUUUAGAACUGUGUGUUUCCUUAAAAUAUUUACUUGUAAUAUUUUUUCAAAAUAUAAACCCUUUCUUGUAAAAUUAAUGAAAAUCAAUUUUCAAAUUUUGUAAAAUAAUAAAAAAGGGAUAAAUCGCGUAACUAUUUUAUUUAUUUUAUUAUAGGAAAAAAAAUGUUAAAAAAAUGUAAACUUAAUUAAAUUUAUUAAAAUUAUUUUUUAUUAAGUAGGUAAGUUAAAUGUUGGAAAUGGAUAUUUUUGACGAUAAUAUAUUAUUUAUACCUUAUAUCUUAUGUUCACGUAAGUUGUACAAUUCGAGAAAUUGGAUAAAUAAUGUAAUAUUUUAACACGUUUAAGAUUCGUGUUCGCUGGUUUUAAAUUUUCAACAAACCCUCGUAGUUAUUCUAUUAUUUUCUUCGAUUCUACGGGAAUACGUAUAACGAACAAGUAUUUUUUGAUAGGUUCUAUAUUUACAGCUUAUUUGUUGUUUUUUUUUGAGGGGGGGGGGGGGGUGUUUGCAGGACGGGUACGCGACAUUUUUCUUUUUUUAGAUUAAACAUACACACACACACACAUACGAGCAUUAUUAUUGGUACCUACUUUCACUUAACAAAAUAAUGAAAUGUACACACAUUGAGUAUAAUACCGUUCAUUGAACCUUUCACCGUACACUGUGUGGAAUAUGGCGCAUUGUUAAGCUAUGACUAGGCUUUUGGCCUAAUUGCCUGCCUACCUGUGUAUAUUAUAUUGUACUAUAUAUUUUUUCUAUACACCGCGAAAUUCGUGACGGAGAUUAUAUCGUGUACAUAAGUAUCGUAUUAAUAUAAUAUUAUAGCAAUGAUUUCGAAGAAAACCGUAUUGUAUACUUUAUUAUUGCAGGUCGAACAACCGCCGUGCCAUAAUAACAUAUUAUCGAUUAUUUUGGAAUACACACUUUAGGUACAUUUACUAGGUGUAUUGAUAAGAUAACGUUGAAAUAGUAUAGUAGUUAUCUAUUAUUUUUAAUUGUUUUUUCAAUCGUUAUAGUUUUCAUUCUGACUGUAACGGGGAAUGUAUACCUAUUGGUUUUACCGUGUUUUUUUUUUCUGUAAACGGUUUCGCCACCAAGUAAUCCUGCUCCGACCGGCUUUUCUAAAAAGAAUUUUCAAUCUAAUCGGUGCAUUGGGAUGUGGUAAUUUUUUUUUUGUCAUUUCUCGUAAUUUUUCUAAUAAUAGGAAAACACUGGACGUUAUUGUUAAUUUUUGGAUUACUUUGAUAAAAAGGAUAACAAACAUCAUGACUUAUACUAUUAUACUCUGAAUCAUGUUUUCGUUUGCAAUAAUUAUCUUCGCAUACAGUAUAAUGUAAUCUAAAUAAUUACUUUGUAUAUUCUACUUUCCUAACCAAUCACCUUCAACAGUGACCUACCCGCGAACAAUAUUAUGUUUUUGUACAUAGUGUACAAUAUGUCGACAAAUAUCAAUACCUUCGUACAAUUUUGAUUGAGUAUUUAUAAGCCGUUUACUGUUUAGAGAUAAACGGUAUAUAUCUGUAUAUUAUUAUUUAAAAUAAAACUACGAAUAUUAGCAAACAUUGUCCACGGACUACCUAAUGAACUAUCUAAAAACUACUUUGUUCGUUGAUUGACAAAUAUUAAGUAAAUACUUACUCAAAUAAUGUUUAGUUUUAUCUUGUAAUAUUCGUGUUAUUGACGAAGUUUAAACAUCAUAUUAUGUUUAACUAUUAUUAUACCUGACCUGCAACUUGCAGUGAACUUGAACAUUCUUAUACGCCCACUAUAUAUACCUGUAACAUGGUAAAUAACAAAAUCGUUUAGCAAGUCGUGACGUUCGUCAGUUUCACGACUGUCACAGUCGUGACGACCAGACCUAUUUUAAUUGGCUCGAGAUGGCCAGUAUCUGCACGACCAAUGUCCAUCAUCAAUUUCUCUAAACGUAUACGUUCACCAACUCGUCCGAUUUCUUUAUUUAGAUUUUUUCUUUUCAUCAUAAAUAAUAAAUAUUACCCUGAGUCUAUCGAUGAGUUAUUUUCGUAAUUUUUUUUUUUUUCAUUAUUGAGGCGUAUAAUAAUUUGCAUGUAAUUAUGAUUUAUUAAUAUUUGUAUUUAAGCAUCUGUGUUAUAAAUUUUAUUAUGAUAAAAUAAAUAUUAACGAUGGACGGUUUUUAUUAUAAAUUAAUUAAAAAGUUAAAUUAUUAAAGAAGAUGAUGAUGCUUAUGGCCUAUAGAUUCUGAACGGUCUGUUCAACGAACCGAAAUAUAGCAUUAUUCUGCCUUGGGGCUGUGUGUUUGAUACGAUUUAAAAAAAAAUGCUGCAUCGAUGUCAAAUAGAAUUUAUUAUUAUUGGAUAAGAUCAUGGAAUGGUCGAUUGGUCACGAUUUUGACCUUUUCACUGCGAUUUGUUUAUUGUGCCUAUGUACACAUAAAUACCGGUCGGGUAGUAAUAUAGAAAUAAACCAUCAUAAUAUUAUUAAUAACUGUUUAUAAACCAAAUGUUUCAAUAAAAUUAAACUAUUGUCUUAUAACAUAACAUUAUUAUAAUAUUACUGCUGUUUAUAAUAAUUAAUAGGUAGGUAAUAAUAUUUAUCUUAUUUAGGUCUAGUAUGUCUAUUUGUGUUGAAAUAUAUAAUUCAUUAUAGAAAGGAAAAAAAAAACACUAUAUAAUUACUUCCUUUAUUCUUAUUACGACUAUUUUACUUAUUAUUUUUAAUAAAAAAUAAUAUAUUACGCUUUGCAUUGGAUACAAACCGCAAUAAAUGUCAAAUGUUAUACGCACAAAAAGUUCGAAGUUUAUGGGAAUUAUAAUUCCAAGUGUGGCUUAAAUAGACUUAUUAUACAACCGUUACAAUAUUUAAAUGCAUAUAAAUUAUAAAUAUAUAAUAUGAUCGUAAAUUAAUUGUUUAUUUUUAAAUUUGAAUUUCUAUUACUGUAUAAUAAUAAUUAUUCGGUUAUUAUUACCAAACAAUUAUGAGUAUCUAAUUAUAAUAUGGAAGUAUUUACCGUUUAUUAUUCAUUAGUUCGUUAUUAUUUUGAUAUUAUGUAUGCACUUUAUUACAUAAGAUUACAUAACAAAUAAUUAGUACAACUAUGUAAACAUAAUUUAAAGAUCAAAUGGCAUGUUUACAUCUUAUCUGUAUAAUAUGUAUAUUUUAAUUUAAAUUAAUAAUUGUGCAUGUACAGAGUACACGGAAAUUUGGAAAAUGUAAUAACACUUAUUCUAUUCAAUAAUUUUAGGUUUUUUUUUUAAAAAAACUUGGUGUUGCACAUAUUUACUAAUUUUGAAUCGUUAGGUUUCUACAAUUUGUUGAAGUUUACGCAAUUUUGAUAGGUAAAUUAGUGAAUCUCAUUGGUUUUAUUUAGUAAUGGCAAUGAAAACAAUUUAAAUUAUCGUGGACUUUAAAAUUUUAUAUGAAAUUAAUGAUGUAUCGUUCAUAAAUAUUUAUAACAACCAUUUUUUAUUUUUGCAAUAUAUUUUUUUAAAAUAUCAUUGAUUUUGGGUAUCUUGGAUUUUGUAAAAAUAAUUUUUUUUUAAAAUUUAAAACUAUUAUUUUUAAACUAAAAUAUUUAGUUUUAAAAAAAAUACAUAAAAUAGAGGAAUCGUAGUGUAAGGUUUUAAUAAUUUUUGCAAGAAUAAAAAAAACUUAAAAAUAUUGAACAGAACGAAAUGUAUUGCAUUGUCAGAUCUCUGUAAAAUACGUUGCAUUAGUAGUAUAUAUAUAUAUAUAUAUUUUUUUUUUUAAUCUAACCAUUACCAUUGUGUUGCUUUCUAAUAAUUUGCAUGUAUGUCCAAUUACAGUAGAAACCGUUAAUAAUAACAUUCAAGGGACUAGUUCAAAUUAGUCAUAAUAACCGACCGUCAUUAUAACCAAAAUGGUAAAAUAAAAUUUAAAAAUUUGAUUAUAUGUAUAUAUAUAUAUAUAUAUAUAUAUUUAUAUGAACAUAAUAUUGUAUUGCAAUCAAUGUAUCAUGUUUUUAUCACUAAAUCGGGAUUUUAAUACAUACAGAAAAAAAAUUUUUUUAUCAUUUUAAAAUUAAAUUGGAAGUUAAGAAAAAUUUUACCUUCGAUACAAGUUUAAUACCAUUGCUACAUAGAUAACAAAUUUGUAUAACAUAAAAAAAAUAACAACGUCCGUAUAGUUAUUAUAAAGACGUUAUAAUAAUCGAUACAAAUUAGUACAUACAAUAUGGGCGUUUUGCCGAAACCUUCAAUCAUUACACCCGAUAUGUCACUUCAACCGCGGUAUCAUUAUUAACGGUAUCUAAAGUGAAUUUAUUGAGAGUAGGUAAAUAUGGUCUUACAAUAAUUAUAUUGAUGAACUCUUUAUGUGGCGUUUCGUGGGACAUAAAAUUAGUAUAGGGAGAAAUUUCUAUAUGUAAAAAAUGAUGAAGCAAUACCGCCGAAACCAGUUUAUUAAGCAACAACAAUCAUAUCACCGAUAUUCACUACCUCCCAGGUUUUGUGUUGAUUAAAAACUCGAAAAUAAAUCGUAUAUUGUGUACAAGGUUAGACGAUUUGCAUAUGGACAGUAGGCGUAUUGAAGAACGCUACUAAUUUUGAAUUUUAACACCGAGCUUCGUAUACAAAUAGCCUGUUAUUAUUUUCGGGGCGCGGUUUUUCUUUCGUCAUCUCGUGUUCUAUUGUCUGUGUAAUCAUUUGUGAUUUAAUUUUUAAAAAACCAGUCACUCCUUCAAAAAUUCUCAACAUUACAACAUUAUUGCCAUCGCAUUGUUUUUUUUUUUUUUUUUUGUUAAGUAUUCCCUAAGUACUCGUUUUGACCCACUUAUACAAAUGGAAGAACUUAAAUACAUGGUGAAAUAAAUGCCUUUUUUAUUAUUAUUAUUAAACAAACAAUUCAUUAAAAUUUAAAUGUUUGUGAUAAACUAUAUUUAAAAUGACAUAAUGAACAUGCCAGAUUUUACAUACUUAAUAUAGAUUCAAUAAGGAUAAAUUAAAGAUGAACGUUAAAUAAUGUACUUCAUCGAAUACUUAUUCGAUAAUUUAUACCUCUUAUUUAGUAAUAAUUAAAGGAUGCAGAUUAUUCGUUUUAAAGAAAUAAUUAUGCACUAUAACUAAUGAAUCAUUAUUUAUGUUAACCUAAAAAUAUUGGUCGUAAUUAAUAAAAAUUUCGAUUUUCUCUUUCAAAAGUCUGAUACAUUUCAUUGUUUAAUAUGUUUUGAAUUUGUAAUCAAUUUGACUAGUUCUUGACAUUAAUUUGUAUUACAAUUUUUAACAUUAAUCAAUCAAAAUUAAAAUGUUUAACAUAAAUUAAUUCGAUUAGUUGAUUUGUACAUGUAAAAAAAAAAUAACAAAUAAGAAUGAAACACGUAUAGAGAUAAUAUAUGCCAGAUUUAAUAUAAUGAUUAUGAGUUUAUGAUUUACUACCUCUGUAGGUAUUAUAAACUUGCAAGGGCCAUGAAUUUUCAACCCGGUCCGAUCUAACAAUUUUAUUUUUAAGCCCGGUCCGAUUCGGUUCAAAUCCGGUUCGGCUCUAGGACAUUUUUUUAAAGCCCGGUUCGAUCCGGUACAAAAAAUUGAAGCCUGGUCCAAUUUAUUACGAGCCGGGCUUUUAGAGGACCGCAGGAUUUGCAGGUCUUUAGUAGGUACUUAAUUGUUAACUCUCAUUUAGUUUCGGUUAUUUCACAAAUUUGAUUAUAUCAUUAAACGCGAUAAUUUAAGGAUCUUAAUAUGUUAAUAUAAUUAAUAUACUUUUCGUUUCAAACUCAAGGACUGUUUAAAAUUAUAUAUAUAUAUUUUUGAUUCAAAUUCCUUCGUGUUCAAUGGUUCAAUCGUUUAAGUUACAAUAAUAAUAAUAAUUAUUGCCCUGUAGUCAUAUUAUAUAGUAACCGGUUUUUAUUAUAAGCAACUAUCAAGAUUUAUCGAAUAUAUUCAAUUUUAUUAAUAUUCUAUGACACGCAUACAAGAUAUUAAAGAUGCAAUAUUAUUCGAAUUCAAAUUUUAAGACAAAUAUUUAAAGUUAAAAAAGUAAAAAACUACUUCAAAUAUUUACAAUAACAUGAUAUUAUAAUUUUUAUUUUUAAACUGAAUAAAAUAGUAAUAUUUCUAUAGAUAUACCUAUAUUUUUUUAAUUAAAUAGUUUAUUUUAUUUUAUUAAAAAAAUAUUUCUUAAAGAAUGUUAUCAAAGAAUCUAAAUAAAAAAAACACCAGUUUUUAUUUUUACUUAUAAAACACGGUUAAAUAUUUUUUAAUUUUUUAAAGGGAGAUUGUUAUUUGAACCGUUACAUUCGAGGGUGAGCACUGUGCGUGUUUCCUUUUGAUUAAAAAACUUCAUGUUACCCUUAGUUAAAAUAGUUGUAAAAAUAAGUAUCUAAUUUUCAAUGUGUUUAUGUUAUUAUUAAUCUAAACGAAUUAAUGAUUUGAACUAUAUAUAUAUAGUACAAGGAAAUAAUUUGUUAUUGUUAGUAGGUAUAUUGAUAAUAUUAGAUAUUAUGGUAUAAUAACAAAACCAUUUUUACGCAAUUUGUUUUACUAGAACUAUUAAAAUCUAUUAUUAUUUAAGUAUAUACCUAUAUAUUAUUCAAUUUCGUUUGUUCGUUAAGUUCAUAAAAUAUCAUGUAAAAAAAUAAAUACAAUAUUCACAUUUUUAUUUAUUGUUAUUUUUUGUUAUUUGUUACAGUCCGAGCAACGCGGUUCUAAAUUCGUUGGAUCAAGUAAAAAUAUAUUUGCAAUCUCAGGGUACGUGCAAAUGUGGACUUGAAUGUCCCGUCCAGUGUGAACACGUUUUUAAUUUCGACGCAAAGGUAAUACAUGAAUAUUUAAAACAAUUUAUAACAAUUGAAUUUUCCCUUAAUUUUUUAUGCUCACCCUAUUUAUACUGGUUUAUUAUAAGCAGUGUUUAUAGAGGCCUACUAUUAUAUACCGCUACAGGCAGAUGUUACUUACGACGUUAUAUUCUCUCUCUUUCUCAUCUUUCCCAACAGCUGCUAUUCCACGUUUGUAACUGAUGAUAAAAAAUUCGGCACAUUUAUUGACAAACCAGGGAUACCUAAACCGGAUAAACCUAAUACAACAUUAAAUUUAUAUUUUAUGUACUUUAUGUACAUUAUUUUUUGUACUUGUUAGGAAUAGUUUUGAAAUAUUGGUUUAUGAUUUUUUCCUCGUUUAUACGAGACUAUUCAUUUCGCAUUUUUAGAUUGUUGAAAAAUGACGUCAUACAUCGUUGAACCGAGUAGGGUUCAAGGCUUUGAAAUAAUUUUUUGUCACCCUUAUUUAUAACUACCACAUAGUUCUCCCAAGUAAUUUUUUAUUUUUUUUUUUUAAAUACACUCUAGAGCCUUAAGAAAGGGGUGUUUAAAAAUCGUAUUCAAUUAAUUUUUUUUUUAAAUAUAAGUAUUUAUUUUCAUUGUUUCUCUCGAUAAUUAUUUUUACAAAAUAUAUUUUGUCGAUUUUGCUUGGGAAAUGCAUGGCAUUAAAAUUAAUUACACAUACAUAAUUAAAAUCAAAAAUAAUUUCUUCAAUUUCAAUUAUAGUACUAUUUUAAUCUAUACAAAUGAAAUGUAAAAUAUUUAAAAUUACUUAUUUUAAAAUCGAAUACCUAUUACCAAAUAUCAACGUACCUAUAAACAUUAUGUUUAUGAUUUAUUAUUCAUUUAAGAUCGAUACAUUUAUAUAAAAGUCAAACACGACAAACAUAAUUGUACAAAUUAUUAAUGAGGCCAGUUACCUUGGGUAUAAAAUAUUUGUAAUUGCAAUGAUUAUGUUUUUUAAGAAUUAUAUAACGAAAAUAAGAAUUUAAUUUACGAUUUUAAAGCAUUAUUUUAUAUUCAUAGCACGUAUUAUAAUACAUUUUAUUAUUUCAUAUUUGGUACAAAAUAUUGAUAAUUUGAAUCGUAUAGACAGUGUUAGGCAUAGAUAAUAGAUAAUUUUAAGAAAAAAUUAUCUAGAUAAUACUUAGAUAAUUUUAUAAAAUAACUAUAGCUUAUAGAUUGUAAAAAAAAAAAUUGGUAAUUAUAAAUUUAAUAGACAUUGAUAUUAUUAUCAUUAAUUACAAAAAAAGUAUAUUAAUUAUAAUUAAUAGUUACUAUUUUCAAAUUGAUGAUAUUUAGAUAAUAAAAAUGGAAAAUAACAAUAAAUUAUUUAAAAAAAAUGUUACAAAAAACCAGACCUAAUUGACUAUUGACUAAAACGGCCUAUAGUUCAAUAUUAUAAUUUAUAGUAUAUCAGUAAGUAUUAAAACAAUUCUUGGGAAGCACAAUGCAUAUUUUAUUUCCCUUACAUGAAUAACUAACUAAAUUUACCUUACAAUACUAUAAAACAAAAUAUUAAAUUAAAACUGUUCAUAAUAAGAUAUAAUAUCAAGAAUGACCAAUGGAAAUAAUUAUCUAGAUCAUUUUAAAAGUAUCUAGAUGAGAUAAAAUAUACGAAAAAUGUAUCUAGAUAAUGCUGAACACAGCGUAUAGGCAUGAUAUUGUAAUCCGUGAAACACUGAUGUUCAGAAAAAAAAAAAAUGAAUAAAAGUCAACAAGGGUUUGUAGAGGUAUUUUUAGUGUGCACAAUAAUCGAGCGUUUCACGCGGUCGUUCGGGGUCGAGUAAAAGAGGGUGGAAGUGCCUCCACCCGGUGCAGUGUUAUUGAUGUUUUCAAUGCACUGUGACUUCUUUCCCUGCACAUUUGCGAUAAAAAAAAAAAAAAAAAAAAAAAAAAAAAUAAAACAAAACAAAAUCCUACAAUACGAAACCCGUAUUAUGCCCGCAUUAUGUACGCGUUAAAUAGUGCUAUUGUUUUCUUUAUGCUAUCCGGUAUUACCAGGAAGGCAAGGAAACUAUAUUAUUAUCAAUGCUUGUUUCAUGACGAUACCUACCUAAUCAUUAUAAUAUUGGUAUGAUGGUGUAUUAUGUAUAUAUAUAUAUAUGACAAUCGUAUAAUAAUUAUCAUAAAAUCGGCAUAUUGUUCUUUGAGUAUUUAAUAAUGAACAAUAAAUAUAUAGUCACUUGUACUAAUCAUGAUUGCAAAUUCUGUGCAAAUUUAAACAAUUUAAAUAUUUAAUGACUGUCAUUGGUAGGAAUAUUUAUAAAUAUGUACAAAACACUUGCAAUUAAAUACCGAGUUUAAAUAUUACUAAUUAUAAUUUUCGCAAAAAAAAAAAAAUAAUAAUAAUAAUUAUAAUGACUAUCUCUUUUCUAACCGUUUAACAUUGAAAAAUUAAUUUUAUGUACCUAUAUACGAACAAUGGUAACUAUUAUACAUACUAGCUUUUAUUUUAAAAUUUCUUGUUUGGUUUAUUAGUUUAUUUUAUACCUAAUCUAUAGUUCUGUAAAUAAUAUCAUCAGUCAACAUUAUUAACGUAGAGUAUUAUUUAUUUACAAUACGUUUUAUUCGUAACAAAUCGCUUUCUUUCCCAGCAGGCAUUAAGUUGAUUUUUGUACUCAAAUAACAAGUAAGAAGAUAUUAAUAUUAUUUUUUAUGGGUCAUGAGAUAAUAAUAUUGUACGUGUGUGUAUAUUUGGUACGAGUUUAUUAUUAGAUUGUGAUUGGUAAAUUUUUAAACACUCUGUUUAAUUAAUUUAAUUUCCAUUAAAACGAGCCGUGUUCGUGUCGUGUGCCGUGUAUGUAUGUUGCGCAGCGUAUCGAAUUUAAUUUGUAAAACAUUUAAUUUCUAAUUUUUUUUUUCCUCUAUAAUUUAAUGGGAAAAGUUAUCGCAUUAUUAUGCACACGCACAUAUGAUUUUAUGUAUAAAUGUGCCUUUGCAUAUUACACGUCAACGCGUCAUAUGGCGGCAGUUAGGUGGCAGGUGUCUACUAUAAGUAUAACCAGGUGCUGGACCCCAAACUAACGCCGUAAUUUAGACGGCAUAAUCGCGGGCACAAAAAAAAUACGGUUGUUAUUAUUAUUAUACACAUUUCAUUAUUUUAUAGUUUACAAGUUAUGCACGUAGGCGGGUUGGCGUACCUAUAAUACAGAGAAUAACCAUUAAACUUUUUUUAUUAAAUUCAACCGUGUAAAUUUAGUUGGACAUUUUAUUUUAAAUUUUUUUAAAUUAUAGGUUAUCAGUUUUAAUGAUUUAUUUAUUCAUUUUUAUUAUUAUUUAUAAUUUAAACAUAAUAUAAUGUAAGGAUAUUCAGUGGUGACGGGUUUAUUUUCCAGCAAUGGUCCGUUUCGAAAUUAGAUGAUGAUAGGUUGGUAGGUGUAAAUACCUUUUAUAUAUAAUAGAACUGAUAAUAGCCAAUAGGUUUGCUCCUUGUAUUUAAAUAUAAUUGUUCAUUAUACGUAACCGAAGAUAAUAUUAUGUUUAAUAAAAAAGCAAAAACCGGAUAACAGCCGAAUAAAUGUGAAAGCACCUAUUCAUUAUUUUCCUCGUCGGAAAACAUGAAUGAAAGCGGUACCAGUUUGAAAAGUGUAGAAAUUGAUUAAGUUUAGCAAAUAUAAUAUAACUUUAACCGUUGGGUUAAGUUAAACCGAUUAACUAAAAAAAAAAAAUGAAUGAUUUUAUGAUUUUUCGAAUUUUUGGAUUAAAAACAACAACAAAAUAAAUUUAAAUCGUUGUGUAAAUAGAAUUAUUUUACCUCACUGCGAAUACGACAGUUCGAUCAUUUGAAUUUAAAUCUUUAUUUUACUAUUAUUAUGAGCUAAAGACAUUUUGAAUUGUUGUCGUAUAAUAUAUAGGUAAAACAACGAAGGCGAAUCCAAUUCUUUAAGUCGUUAAUUAUUAAGUUUAUAUACAAAUAUUUUGUGUAAUUUAGUAUUGUCUAAAUAAAAUAAAAUACUCAAAACUACGAUAUUGGGUUGAAAAAUGAUAGACACAUUAGUUUGUCCGCGCCAAACACAAUAAAAAUCAAUUCAUCUGUUAAAACAUAUGAACCUAACUCGGUUCGGUUAAUAAUAGAAACAGCAAAUAAACCACAGCCUUGCUUGUCAUUUGUGUCAAUCAUAAAGUACAUAAAAAUCACGGGACUCAAAUAUUUGUACGCACUUUGCGAUGAAAAUAUCUGCGUAAUACUUCUUUUGGCUUAUAAAUUAAUCAUAUGGUACCAUAACAAAAUGUUUAAUAAUCAAUUACUACUGUAUUGUAUAUGUGGAAGGUUGAGGAGGUAAACUAAUAUAGAUAUAGAGUAGUUAUUUAAUUCAUGUAUGUAACGAUAAAUUAUUGCCAACGAAGUACGAUUCUGAGCGAUUAAACACGUUUUGAAAUACCAUAAUAUUUACGAUUUUCAUCAAAAUUUGAACUAAAAAUGCUUAUAAUAAAAACGACUACAUUACACUCAAUUUUGUUUUUACUAAGUAAAACUAAUGAUGAAUAUUGUGGUAAAUAGUCGAACGUUUUUUCGGAGUUAAAAAAAUUCAACCUUAUAUUAAAUUAAACAAAACUAAAACAUCUUAAACAUUUCAUAUGUCUAUAAAUUACCAAAAACUCGCCAUAAUGAUUUACCAUUAAUUGUACCACCUAUACAAAGAACUAAUAUUAAUAUUCUGUGAAAUUUUUAAGUCUCCGCGAUUAUUUUUAAUUGAAUAACAACAAAAUCGAAACCAAUAAAAUAUGGUUAUUGUGUAUACAUUUUCCUGUUUUUCCGACGUUUCUUCCUGGUUUUUUAAAUCAUAAGAAAAAUCAAAAAUAAUCAACUAAAUUAAAUUUGCUAAAAUAAAGUUCUCUUUUCGUUUUUUGAUUGGAGUCAGAUUUCUGACAGAUAAAUUGUUAAAAAUACAAAAAAAAAAAAACCAACACAACACUCGCCACUCUCAAAAUCUAAAACUGCCAUCGAUGAUUUUUGAAUAAUAUUUUACUAGGUAUUUGCCAUCAUCGGCGUGUUUAGAAAGUAUUUGGGUAGAUACUACUUAUGUUUUGUAUUUAUAACGUUCCAAACUUUCUAGAACUAUAGCUAGAUAGCUGUACUAAUUUAAUUAUAUUCAUUAGUCAUUGUGCAUUCAUAUUUCCGUCUUAAGUUACAUCAUUCUUCCAUGACAUAAUAUAUUACUUUUUUUACAAAUAAAAUAUCUUUAUUGUUUUAAUCUCAUAUAACUAUAUUGGUACUUAAUUAUUGUUAUUUUUGUAAUAUUUAAACUUAUACCCUUUAUUUUAAGAUAUUAUAGAAUUUGUCGUUUUUUUUUAACCAUUAUACGUUCCAUCACUGAUCGAUAUUUGUUUUUUAUGACACGAUGAUUACAAAAUUAUUUGGUCUUGCUAACUAAUUUUUUUCGUUUUGUUUUACGAUUUUCUAAACAUUUGCAAUUAUAGUAGUUUACACGAUAUUACUACCUACCAUCAAGUCAUUUUGUUUGUGAAUUCUCAGAGUUAUUUUUAUACAUGCGUAUAAUAAAUUAAUUCAAAUUUUUUAAAACGAUUACUUGUCGGCGACGUUAUGACGAGAGAUAGAUUUAAAAAUUAUGGUAAAACGAGCGCCAAAAAAAAAAAAAAAACAUCGCAAAUACACAAAAUGUAAUCAUCAUUUUACUAGUAGACGUCGAGCAAACCGGUUUGCGUCGAAGCUCUAGGAAAACCGGUUAUCAGACGUCAAUAUUCUUAAGUUUUGAUUUUUUUACUUAUCGCACUAUUCGUUUAUAUUUUUUUAUUGUGUGUACGUGCAAGGCCGUCAAAAAUGAUUCAAAGCUAUACGUUGAAUUAUACACGACGACUGUGUAAAUACGCGUUAUUAUUGAUAAAUAUUUUAUAUAGAGUAUUCAAUUUUUUCUCUACAUAAGUAGUAUACCAAUCAAAGGAAAUUCGUUGAAGUCAGACUAUAUAUUUGAGAGAAAGUUAUUACGAUGAAUAUGUCCAUGUUGGACCGUAUUUUGAUCAGAAUACAUAAGAUUGAAGGAAAUUACAUACCUAAUAUUUUAAUAAUUUAUGGUACCUUACCGUGAAGAUCAUAAUGUCCUCGUAAAAACAAAGCUCGUUAAGAACAAGAAUCACUAAUUUGAGAUUCAUAUUGUAUGUAUAUAAUAUAAUAUAAAAAUAUCUAGCCAGUGAAAUAUGAACCCCAAAAUAACAAUUGUUGAACUUAACGCGUUUUGCAUGGUCGGAGAUGAUAAUACAAACCUAAAAGAAAAUUGGUCAAACGAUCGGACAUUAUUGUGAACUAGAAUGGACAGGUCACGCGUAUGGAGGAAGCAAGAUUCCGUGAUUAAAAAAGUACGCUGGGAAAAUCCAUGAGGCAAAAGGAUAUUAAGUUGGCAAAAGUUUCGUUAGGAAGAGCGUAUUAAGUAGCUAUGACUUUCGGGUAUCCUUAGGAGAGAAACGAGGAGAUUUAAACGUAAAGAAGGUAGCAGUGAGUAGAGAAGACCGAAAGAGCCUUUGUUUGACAGGACGGUCGCAACGGCUGUGAAAAAAAGUAAUUAAACCAAUUACGCGCUGGAAAAAUAAAUAGCUAUAUUGAUGUGAAUAAUAUUAUUAUUGUAAUUAUUUCUAGGUUUCUAUAAUAGAGACGCGAACACUAUACAUAAUAAUCGUCGAUAGUCUGUUGAAAUUAUACUAUUUUUAUAAGUACGCACGAUACUGCAGUUUUUAUUAUUAAUAUUAUUUACUCAGUCGGAUCGUUUUUAGUGGGGAAGAAUGCACAUUGACGUCACGCGGCUUUAGUUUGUAAUUUUGUUCUUUUUUUUUUUUGUAUGUUAAUCCUUCCAUCUGCUGUUUACUUAAAUCAACUUCUUCUAUUAUUAAAUAUAUUUAUUACCUAAUCUAUGUAAAACAAAUAAUUCUAGGAAAUUUUACUAUAUUUUCAUAGACAUAAGAGAACCAUCAGGAAUCGGUUCCAGAACGUUUUAAUGUCACCGUUGGGACAUUAUUUUUAUGGUACCUAUAUUGUACUAUAUAAUUUGAUAACAAUUAUUAUGAACUAACGAAAUUCCGUAAAAUAUGAUUUCAUAAUGAUAUUCCUUAUGAUGAUGUGUCGUUGGUAAUUUAAUUAUUAAUUUAAAAACCGAAAUGGGUAUAUUAUUAUAUUGUGUAUUUAGUUUAUUAGUAUACUGUGGUCAAUAACCGUGAAGGUUAGGUUAUUUUUCUUUUGAAUGUUAUUUAGCUUCAACGGAAACGAAUUUUUUAAAACAACAAUCAAAUUAGGUACCAAAGACGUCUGUAACUGGCAGACCGAGACUAUAUUAUUAUAAUAUUAUUCUGUCCCACCGUUUUCCCCCAUAUGCGUUUAGGUAUUUGUCGGGUGGUAAUUAUCGUCUGUAACGAUUGUCGAGCUCGAUUUUGGAUACACUGGGUUUUUUUUUCCCCGCGGGUUUAACGAUAUUUUUUGGAACGCGUUCAAAGCACCCGAAUGAUAAAAAUAUACACUGUAUUAACAUGCUAUUAAUAAUUCGCAAACGAGCGCCAGCAAAACAUUCGAGUGUUCAAAUAAUUUUGUCGGGCGAUUUGACAUGACACUACAUAAUAUUAUUAUGAUUGGUCUAAAAUGGUUUUUUUUUUUUUUUUAACUAAGUUGAGAGAAUACCAGUCGAGUUAUUAAAAGCUUAACUUAUAAUUUACCUCAUAAUUUUAAUUGCAUUGUGAAAAUAAAUAUAUAUUUCGUAUUAUCUUAAUUAUUAAAACAUUCGAGUUAUUAUUUUAUGAAUUAAUCAAUUCAAUAAUAAAAACACAAUGCUAUGUAUGGACCAGGAAGUAUAUAAUCUAUUACUUUAAACUGUUAAAUUCUGAAAUUUUGUUUGGAAUCUAUUUUCAUAUUACAUUAAUAUUAAACAUAUUAUUUAAAUGUGUACUAAUAAUGAGUUUUAAUAUUUUUCGGUGAAUUUGUAAUAUUUUUAACACAGGGAAAUAACAUAUGUCAUAAAAUACUUAACGAUUCUCACGAUUUUUACAUUUGUUUGUACACAUGCACAUAAUGAUUUAUUUGAUAUAUGACCUUGAUUAUUUUUUUUACGAAGUGUCAUAAUUAUUAUUAAGGCGUAGCCAUUAACCAUUCUUAAAUCACGUCCUUGACAAGUCUACUAUCCUCCAAAAAAUUACUCAAGGUGACACUCCCACAUAUUUGCUAUGUUAUUAAAUACUUAUAUAUAUUUGAAUCCAAUUAUUUAUACAAAUCAAACUCACAAUAUUUAAAUGUGAUGAAUAUGUAAAAAUAUAUGUGUAGAUAAAAAUAUUAUAUAUUAUUAUAUAGAUACUUUUUUAAAUUUUAGGUCAUGACAAAACCCACGUCCGGUCUAAACACUAUGACUAACCUUUGUAAUCAUAAGAGGAAAAUGACGUUUAACAGUUCAGACAAUAGAUUUAGUAAAUAUUCCUUUGAAAUGGCAGAAAAUCGAAAAAAAAGAAAACUUUCUGGUGCCCAACAACAGUUUUCAUUUUCACCUUUUGAAGGUGACAAAGCUGGGAAAGAAAAUUUUUCUCAAGUUCCAAAUUCUCAUCAAGUAAGAUUUUAAAAAUAAUUUUAUGUAUUCCUUUUUAAAGUUUAUUGAUUUUUACUCAUAUAUGAAUAAUUUCAAACUUACUUUUUCUUAGAUGCAAUGGGCAGAUCAAUCUGUUGUUCCUAGUCAAAUGAGGUUUUCUUCUCAAGGAACAUCUGCAAUGUCUAAUCCUCAAUCUCCACAGUCCAUGUUGAGUUCUCAAGCAUCACAAAUAACAUCUCAGGGUAUGCAGCACGUGGCGCCUAAUUCCCUAACUUUACCAACACUAAACCAAAGUUCUUCUGUGAUGUCAAACUCUCAAGGACCAAUUAUACCUAAUUCCCAAAACACAUCUGUAUCAAAUCUUCAAGGAGAUGCGAUGCCAAAUUCUCAAGGAAUAGUAAUGCCUAAUCCUCAAGGAACAAUGAUACCAAAUGCCCAAUCCCCAUCAUUGGGUUCGGGAAAUCCAAGAGUUCCUCAUUACCCAAAUCACUCAUACCAGCAAGACUUAGGAUAUGAACAAUCAUAUCGAAAUGGUUAUAGGUAUAAUUCCCCUCAAUGUAGAUCUCAUGAAAUAAAUAAUAUGUUACAGCCAGACUCUUUGUGCCAACCACAUCACCAACAGUAUCAAAAUGAUAUGGUAUCGCAAGAUUAUUAUCAAAAAAAUACACACAGUGAAUAUCAACAGGAGCAGAUGCAAUAUAACAAUAACUAUGAUAGUCAAAGAACUCAAGGAAGUUGUCGUUUCAAUUGUUCUAGUCAUUGUGGACACUAUUGUAAUACUAGUGAACAAAAUUCAAAUUAUGGUAACCAAAUAAACCCAUAUCAACAGCAACCACAGUCUCAGCCUCCACGACAAAAUGAAUCUACAAAUCAUGAAUAUUAUCCAGAAAUGUAUCACGAACAAAAUAACUAUACCGAGUCUUACCAAGAUAAUAGGAAUAAUCUAAGACAGGAAUAUCCAUUACAAUAUGAAUAUGAAUCACAAUCUCAUUCACAAUGCCACCAUCAUAUUGAUUGUAAUUCAAAAAGUAAUAUUCCAACUUCAAUUAAUAAUCAAAGUCCAGUAGAAGUUCCUCAGAUAAGACCACAAGCACCACAAGUUAAACAGGUGCAACAACAAAUAAAUUCACAAAAUGUACAGCAAGCAGUUGCUAAGCCAGUAAGACCUCAACACAAAUCCACUCCACCUUGGCAACUUAAUAAACAAGUAUCCCAACAACAAUUACCACAACAACAAAUGCCAGAACAACAGAUGUUACCACAACAGAUAUCACAACAACAGCAGAUACAACAACAACAGCAACUACAACAACAACAGCAGAUACAACAACAACAGCAGAUACAACAACAACAGCAACUACAACAACAACAGCAGAUACAACAACAACAGAUACAACAACAGCAGCUACAACAACAACAGCAGCUACAACAACAACAGCAGCAGCUUCAACAACAACAGAUACAACAACAGCAGCUACAACAACAACAGCAGAUACAACAACAACAACAUAUACAAAAACAACAUCAGAUACAACAACAUCAACCACAUAUAUCACAACAACAAUACCCUAAACAAGUAAUUGAGGAUCGAGUACCUCCCAUACAUCAUCAUGUUCCUCAAGUUUCCAGAGUAGAAGAAAAACCUCGUAAACAAUUCAAACAGUCUCCUCCUAAACCUGUUAGUUUUAGUAGAAAAUCUAAAUCCCCAUUUGAAGAAGAUAGUUAUCCAUCGUUUUUAGAUGACCCAAGUGGCUACUUGGCACAACAAACAGCAUUGCUAAAUAAUACCAUAAGUACUAAUUCUUUUUCACCACUGUCUCCUCCUAUAAGAUCACAAAGACAUGAAAAACCUAGGUACACAACAAAUGUUACAACAAUGGCUAGUGGUCGGACAUCUAGUUCAAAUACAAUUACUUCAGUGGUGGCAGGUAGGGCUCAUACAUCUGUAGUAACAGUUAAUACAUCAGAGGACCAAGUGUUACCGCCCAGUCAACAACACUCUGUUACAUCCAAAACACCUUUAGAAAUGGUGCAAAGUGUUGUAAGUAGUAUACAAGUACCAACUUCUACAGAUAAAUCUAAUAUUCAACCGAGCCAUAUUUUACUGACUAGUAAUGGGCAAUUAAUAAUGGCAUCAACCAAACUACAAACACCCAAUACUUCUCAAGUUCUCUCAACAGUGAAUCAACAAGUACAUCAACCAACUGUACUUGUAAAUACACUUCAGGGAACCCAAGGUGCAUUACUACUUCAACCAGGAAACGUAAUGACUGUUGAUCAAGUGCAAGUGCCUCAACUUGCUGUUGCUACAGGAAAUAUGGAUAACAUUGGAGCAUUUUCACCAAGGGGUUCUAAUAAUCUAUUAUCCCCUCCAGAAUCUAAACGUAAAACUAUGAAUUCUAAAAAACGAAAAUCACCUCAAAUAUCUCCUAAUCAGAACAAUUCGAGUGUAUUAUUACAACACCAGCAACAGAAUUUUAAUCAACCAGUUGUUCAAACAUUAAUACUACCAAAUAAAACUGCCCAAUUUGGUAAUCAACAGCUUAUAACAAAUGUGAUACAGCCUGUUAGUCUUGUCCAUAACCUUCCAUCCAUCCAACAAUUCUUAGUACCAGCAAAUUUAGGCGGUGUUGUUAUGGCAGACAACACAAUACUACAAGAUACACUACAAUUAAAUGUUAUAGCCCCCUUUUCCAAUAGUGGUCAAACUAUUUUACCAGCUGGAAUGGUUUUAAGGAGUCCUCAAACUCAACAGAGACCUCAACAAAGCAAUCAGUUUAUUGUAAAUAGUGUUGGUCAGUUGAGCCCAAUUUUAGCAAGCUUGAGUCCUAAUCCAGCACAGAAUCAGAGUAGAAAUCAGCAGCAAAAUGACUACAUACAUGUGGUGCCAUGUUCUAUUCAACAAAAUCAAGAAAAUACUACUGUAGUUCAACAAAACACUACCAUUGUUCAACAGCAGAUGACAAUGGUGUCUGGACAACAGGGAAAUGAGCAAGGUAAUUUAAUUAUUAACGAAAAACAAGGCCAAAAUUAUAUUAUUGCCGACAAUAAGCAACAGGGAUUUAUUUUGAGUCCUAAAGAUAAACAACAGUCAAGUGGCACACAUUUUAUUUUGAAUAAUAUGAAUUCUGAGAAACAAACUCAAAGUUUUAUUAUUACUAGUCCUACCCCUGGUGAAAAACAACUUUGCGGUAACUUUAUACUCGAGAAAACCAAUUCUACUGGGAAUUUCAUUAUUACUACCACAAAUUCUGAUAAGAAUUCUAAAUUUGCCAAACAUUCAGUGUCUACACAAACUGCUGCUGGACAGCAAGUAUUACAAAUUUCAUCUACACCAGCUUUAAUAGUAGCUACAAAUCGUAAUGCUUAUGUGGGUAGUCCACCAGAUACAACGACUUUAAGUCCUGUGAGUGGACAAAGUCCUACAUCAAAACCAGAAAUGCCUUCAAGUUCAGUAGCAGUUGACUUGGAUGCUGCAUUAUCACCAUCAUCAACAUUAUCUGAUAUGCAAAAUCGGCAACCAAUGGUGCAUUGUAUUUCAAGUAGUAAUGUAGUAGACUGGUCUGAUAAUUCAGCGGAUGAGAGGAAGACCAUAUCCAAUUCUUCAGACUCUCCGAAUAUGUACACCAUUGAACAUUCUUUUCCUAGAUGUAAGUAAUUUUAGACGUAUAAAUUUUGAUGUUAUUUUUAUUUUUAAAUUUAUUUUAGGAUACAAUAUCGUGAACAUGGGUGUACUGGAAAAUCCAAUUUUAAGGUGAUGAUGCACUUCUUGGCUAUUAAAACAAGUUCCUAUAAAUUAAAUAUACAAUAUGUAACUUAACUAUGUAUUUCCUAAAUAAGUUUUGGUUAUUAUAAUAUAUUAAAAUGUAAUGUAAUAGUUCCUCUGGUUGAGGCAUAUAUUACACAAAUUUUAUUUUGUAUAUAUUACUAAUUUUGUUAUAUAAUUAACAAUCGGUAAACCGGAGUUCUUAAGAAUAUAUUCUUAUUUGUUGUAUUGUUAAUCUGUAUAAAUCUGGUAAUUUACUCAAUAAUAAUCUAUAUAUAUAUUCUAUAUCAUACAAGUAGCUAUAGAAAUCUGUAAUUUUUAAUAAUAUUUUAAAUCAAAGUGAGUUAACUAAAAUAAGACUUUAUUUAAUUAACUUACUAUAAUUUCAAAGUUAUUAUUAUUGAUUAAUAAUAAUAAUAAUAAUAAUUUUAAAAAUAAUUUAAAAUAUUCAGGAAGUUAAAAAUUAAAUUAAUCUUAAACUCAUUUAUUGUUAUUGUAACUAUAUAUUAUUUUUGAUGCUUAAUAAAUUAAAAUUAAAAAAAUAAAUAAAGACAAUUUGAAAUACCCAUUCACUUAUAUAUUGUAUUUUGUAUAACAGAUUCCCAAAUAAUAAAAAUAAAAGAAAUAAAACAAGAACUAAUGAAAUAAUCAGUUUUAGUACUGUAUAGUAAUAUUAUAACAACAAUUUAAUAAUUUAUAAUAUCUUUCUUCAUUUAUCUAUAGUUAUUUAACUUUAUUGCCAAACAAUUAUUUGACAAUAGUUCACUACUUAAUUUUUAAAUAAAUUCAAUUUUCCAAACUUUCUACCUUGAAGUUAAAAUUUUUAAAAUGUAGGUUAUUACUUUUAAAAAGUUUGGGGACCUCUGGUAUAUAGUAAUGCUUUACUGAAAAUAAACACUUAACUUUUAAGAAAUCGUACAUUAACUUAGAAAAUACAUUUUUAUUUAAUUAUUUAUUCAAUUUAUAAAAAUAAAUAAAAUAUAAUAUUGUAUAAGAACUUUGUCUGGAAUAAUUUGUACAGUUUUAAACAGGAAUAAUGUUGCAUAUUAAUAUUUUUACAUAAUCAGGUUUUAGAAAGUUUCACUGAAACCCUAUAUUAAUUAUAAUAUUAACAAAUAUAAAUUGUUCAUAAAUGGCUUGGAAUAAUAAAAUAUGUAUAGAUUAUAAUUUUUUAUCACUGUUAUAAUCAUUUUCUCAAAGCUUUAAAUUUUAAAAUUGAACUUACCUAUGUAAAUUAUCAUUUUAAAAACAUAAUUUGUUUAAUUUGUCACGUGAUAAUUUGUUUUGUGUUCUAUAAAUGUUUAUAAAUUGUUUACCACCAAAUUCAUUAGGUUACAAUCUUAAGUUACCUGUCUUAACCUUAUAAAGUUUUAAUAAAUAUAAUGUUAUUAAAAAAUUAAGUUAUAAAUAUUUAUAAAAUAAAAACCAAUGGUAAUCUAAUUUUAUUGAAAAUGUUUUAUAAUUAUUUGAAAUUACUUAUUUUGAAUAAUGUGUUGCAUUGAUUAACCUAAAACUAUUAUACUAAUUUUUUGACUUAUCCCAAAUUUAUAAAUAAAUUAUAAAACAUUCAACCUUUGUCAAACUCAAAGUAAAUAUAUAAUACAUAAAUGAGAAAAUACAUUUUUCCAGCUAUCUAAUGUUAAAAGUGAUUUUAAAAUAUCAACAAAUUGAGGAAAUUAAAUAAAUGAUAUACUCUGUAUAAAUAUUAUAUUAUUAUUAUUGUAAAAUAUUAUGUAUAUAAUCAAAAUAUUUAAUUGUAUUAGAAAUACAAAUUAGACUGUAUAUUUUUUAUUUUUAAACGUAAUAAAAUGUUACUCGUUAGUACAUUAUUAUUGUGCAUUUAAUGUUAAGAAAAAUCAUUUAUUUAUUAAUUUUAUUGAUAAAUUAAUCGAAAACUGUGAUUUUAUGUUUCGUUUUAAAAUAAUUUUUUCUGAUUAUAGUUUUUUUUUGUAUAUUACUGUUUUAUUAUUAUUAUUUUUUUUUUUUGUUGCACGUUUAAAUUUUUUAAGUUUAUUUAUUACUUUAUUUUGAAGAAGCUCCCGUCAAUAAAAAAGUUUUAAUUUUUGAUCAUCACUUAUUAAUAGUUUUACCUAAUUUAUUUGUAUUUUUCUUUUUAAUUGAUGAUACCUAUUAUAUUAUAUACCAAAAUAUUAAUUAUAGUUGUCUCUAUUAUUUAUAUUAAGAAUUGUUAAAGUUAUUAUUGAAGAAAUAAGGUGUACAGUUUUAUAUUAUAUAUAUAUUUAUAUAUAUAUAUGUAUAAAAAAAAUUAAUGAUGUACAAUAUUCAAUAAAUAUUCUGAAGUUUUCUUUGACGAUCCUUUCUUCUUCUAUCAUCGUUAGUAUGAAAUACAUUAUAAGCUUAAAAAAACAUAAUAUGAAUUUAUUAUACAAAUACAUUUAAAAAAAUGCAUAACAUGUAAUUUUGAAUAAAUAAAGUUUACUGUUAUUUUUAACCUAUUUAGUUUU